GUCAAGUUGUGCUCUCAGGGUCGUUGGGGAUGUUGUGCCCCAGGAAAUUUUACAACUUGUGUUCUGGCUAUGUAGCACCUCUUGAUUCUGAAUGCGUGUUUUUCCCAAUGUUCAGAAGUCUGGCACCAAAAAUGUCUAAAAGUCAAGGAAGGGUGGAAAAAAGCUAAUUUCGUUAGCUCCACAUGACCGCUUUUAAAAGUGGCCAAUUGGCACGGCGUAUUACCCAAUUUAGCAAGAACAGGGUGAUAAAGCAGACAUUACCUAAUGAAAUUCGGUGUCGAUUCAGGUUGUACUGCAACUGAAAGUCGCUUUCUCUCACUCUCGGGAAGUUAUGAGACAAUCCGCCUAAAUGUCCCUACUUUUUUUCUCUUUCCGAAUUUAUUUCACUGGAUUAUACUCCUUGGAUAACAUCUACAAACCCUAAUCCUUCCGAUGGUCAACCCUAUAAGAAUGGAAAUUGAUCUAACUACUCAAGUGGCUGAAGCUGCAAAUAUUGAUCGGAAUCUAGUCAGUCGUGUGAUUCCAAUGUUUGAAAAUGGUUAUACUGUGCCGUUUAUUGCACGUUAUCGAAAAGAAGUAACUGGAGGUGCAGAACCAACAGUGUUGCAUAGACUGAAGGAAAAAAUGAAUGACUGCAAAAUGCUUGUUGAUAAAAUCGAGAAAUCACUCCAGUUUUUUGAUAAGAGUGGAUUACUAACGAAUGAAUUAUCGCAACAGUUAAUGAAAUGCAAAACAACUGAAGAUAUUAAGCUUUUGGGAAGUUUAUGAGAUUUUGAACUUUAAUAGAACUUUGUUAGACAGAUCCCUUCAAAUCUAAGGGUCCACGCACGCUCGCAGGUCGAGCAAAAGCUGUCAAUCUGGAACCUAUUGCUUUGGACAUACUUCAUUCAAAUAGGUGUGUUGAUAUGUAUGGUCUGGCACCGCCAGAAGCUAAAAAAUAGUUUUAUAGUCAAUAUCAAUACUUUGGGUUCACAAAGUUUCUUGUCAUAGAGCGAUAAGCCGCCAAUGCUUUCAGGUAGGAAUAGCCGAAACAAAAUAAAGAUGAAGUUGUGGUUAGCCGAUGGAUUAAACUAUGUUAAAUCCUCAAGAGUAUACAACAGACUUUUACAUCGAAAACGGCCCUCGAAGAUGCUGUAUCUCAUAUCAUUGCUGAUAUUUUUGCUAAGGAUUUAGAUAUAAUCCGAAAGGCUGAGGAGUUAUGUUCAAAGUACAGUGCUACACUUGUCACAGCUAGGAAAUCAAAACGUGGUAAGAAAGGUGAACAAUCAUCAGGAGGUAGUCUUCCAAACACUAUGUCCAUUGAUUUUGAUGAGAAUGAGAAUGCUGAUUAUGCUGAAUGUGUUCAGAAUUCGCAUUCUUUUAUGAAUGAUACUAGUAAUAGUUUUAAAAAGGAUGAUUUGGUUACAUUUAAAAAUUAUUUAAAUUUUUCUCGCCCCGUGACAUCGAUAUUAGCACACCAGGUGUUAGCUAUUAAUCGAGCCAACGAAAGGGGUGUGAUUACCGUAAAAAUCCACUUGUCACCACAAGUACAACAUAAUUGUGCAACAUUUGUAUCUCAAAAAUAUUUUCCUACGACCAACCGUAUUCAUUGGGAUUUUGUAAUGUCAGCUUUCAAUGAUGCAUGGAAACGUUUAAUUGAUCCACAUUUGGUGCGUAGUAUACGCACUAAAUUAACAACUUCAGCUCAAGAUGCAUCUCUUGAAGUAUUUUCAGAAAAUCUCCGACGUCUCCUAAUGACGGCACCGUUACGUAUUCCAGUUUCAUCAAGUGAUUCCACAGUGAAGAAUGACAAUGAUAUUGGCAUGAUAUCUUCAGCGUCUGGUGCACCAGGUGAUCGUCUUCCUGUGAUUGGAUUAGAUCCAGGCUGGAGAAAUGGUUGUAAAUGGGCUGCAUGUGAUCCUCAUGGAAAUGUUCUAAGCACAGGUAUUUUAUGGCCACCGCAUACAUUGUCUGCCAUUCCACCGAAGAAAUUGAGCAUGCAAAAUGAACCAAUGAGUAAUAAUGGUUUAGGUGCAUUGACUGCAGCUAUGCAACGUCAUCAAAUCGAGACAAUAGCUCUUGGUAAUGGUCAAGGUAGUCGGCAAACUGGUUCUUGGUUGGCACAUUUAAUAGAAAUUCAACAUUUCAAACCUUUAAAUGUUCGUUAUGCUGUUGUAAGUGAGUGUGGUGCUUCAUAUUACAGUGCGUCAAAUCUAGCUUGUACAGAAUUACCAGAUUUAAAUGUUAGUUUCCGUGGUGCAGUGUCUAUAGCUAGACGUUUACAAGAUCCUUUAGCUGAACUAGUUAAAGUUGAACCGAAACAUUUAGGUGUUGGUAUGUAUCAGCACGAUAUACCAGUUAAUCAAUUAACUUCUGCUGUUCAUAAUGUCAUGGAAGAAUGUAUAAGUUUUGUUGGUGUUGAUUUGAAUGCAGCUCCAUUGCAUAUUUUAUCACGUGUUGCUGGUUUAUCUGAGAUGAAAGCCAAAGCAAUUUUAACAUAUCGUUCACAAAUUGGUCCCUUCCGUUCAAGAGCUGAUCUUCUUAAGGUAAGUAUUAUGUGUACCUAAAACCUAAAUGAAUAUUGUUAAUUUUGUGAGAGAAAUCUAAUGGAGAAAGUUGUUCAACACACCCAAUGAAGUCUGUAAAAGAUAAUAACAUGUCGGAAGAGAAGUAACUGUUGCCGAUGGAAUUUGAUGAUCACACAAUAUAUCUUAAAUUGAUCGAGAUUGAAAUUGUAUGAAAAGAAACCUAUCGAGUGGUCCUAAUGAAUAACAGUUCACUUCGAAACCUAAGAGUUUUAGAUGCAAUCCAUGAUGCUGUCAUGGUUGCUCGUUGCCAUGGGUUUCCAUAUGAAAAAUCUGUCCCAGUGUUUCCUGGUUUUCAUUGGUGCUCCAACUAAUAUUAAUCUGUAACGAACACAACAUAUAAAAUAAUAAAUGGGUGUAAACUGGUCCUGAAUUGUUAGUUACCCUAUGUUACACUUGAAUUAAUUGAAAAGAAUAUUUAACCAAUGGAUAAUAGUAGCGUAGUAAGUUGGGUAAUAUAGUUACAAGAUGUCGAGUUUUCAUGAGUUUCUUCUCCAUUUAAUAAAUGCUAAAAUGAAGUUCUUAAUCCAAAUGAACUAUUAUUAAUCCAUGACUAUGAGUAGUGAUAUGUGAGUGAUAAGUCUACUAACUGAGCGUUUGAAUUGGUUUCUUAGGCUCUUCUAAUAACCCAAGCUAAAUGUACACGGUGGCUUGAACACGAGAGAAAAGGCUUCAAGUGUCGAAAAACCACUUUACUUCAACGUUAGUUUAUAUACAGAAAAUCGAGGUUAUUUAUAUUAUUUCAGAUUGUCUUGGACAUCUUAAGUUUCUAGAAACGUACUAAUUAUAGUAGCAGGAAAGAUAGUUAUCCAAUGAGAAAUGUGAUAUGUGUUUCUUCACUUCCUAGAUGUUUCUGAGAAACUCCCAUUCAACACUGGUUGGAUAAAAUGUUUCCCAACGUUAUCAAGGCCUCUGUGUACUUGUUCGGUGAAUACUUUGGAUUUCCCUAACAGUUAGGCAGGCUGCUGUCAACUUGAUUUCAAUAAUUUUGUCAGUUUCUAGAAUGUGUGAAAUUUCCUGUGUUGCCUAAACAAAUUAUUAAGGAUGUGUCCUGGCCAAUAAAUAUGCAAAUUGAGGGUGUAGAAGUUAUUUUUCCAAAAUUUAGUACACAAUAAUUCUAUCGCUCUCAAGAUAUUCUUCAUUUUGUAGUGUUAUAUUCAUUCCGUCUUCGUUUCUAUCAUUUGAAAUAUUCCUGAGAAUUUUGAGGAAUGAAAGCCUUUGUUGCACUUACGUUCUACUUUACCUCACUAAAUCCCAGGUUCAAACUACAUUCCACCUACUUCGAUUUGAUCAGUAUCAUUAUACUUCACACUCGUAUUUGAGUACCUGGAGCUGAAUUUUUUUCAUUUUAUAAUUGCGAAACCAUGGUCCGCCACCAGUAAUGACCUGUUCAAGGAAAACUGAAAUUUACGCUUAAGUUGCCUCAGUGUGUCCAACGUUCGAUUCUUCUUCAGGUGCCAGGAUGUUUUGACCAAAUCCCACAGAUUUGGUGUUUUCUAGUCCAUUGUCUACGGAAAUUCAUAACAUACCAUAUAUUAUAGUCUUUUGAUUAUGUAUAAGUAGCUUACAGUUUUCCGUAACUAAUGUCCGUAACAGACCAGUUCGUUAGUUUAUUGAAGAGGGUGGGAGAGGGUAUGUAUAUAUCGCUCGAAAAGUCAAAUCAUAUUAAACCUCAUGUCUAUUUAUGAACGAUCAAAUUGAUUAAGGUGAUCACAUGUGAAAGUAGACGUUAGAUAUGUCAAUAAUCCAUUGACGAUGAAACAAGGCUGUUGAUGUUGAAUAUUAGCAUAUGACAAACGGGAUUCACCAUCUUGUCAUUUCAUCUUAUGUUUCAAUGGUUUGCACUCUUGAAUUUUAGUCAUAUAGUUAGAAAAUUUGACGAUGUAACUGAACCUACUCAGUUGUGAAGUGUCACACAGUAUCUUGAACGCUAACUUAUAAGGUAUUGAUGUAUGUUGCAUGUAUGUGUGUUGUCGAGAUUUAUGAAUCCCAAAUUUCACAUGGCGAAUUUCCGUGAGUUAAACAACUAGUGAAAAGCCAUAAAGACUAGUGGAAAACUAUUUAAUCCUGGUUUUUCAGUGUCUGUCUUAACUUUAGUCGGUCCACCAUGUAAAUUUUCAAAUCUAUGGUGUAUUAGUCUAAUAUGUGAAUCGGUUCAUUUUGUAAAGUAAAAUAUGCGAUGUUAAUGUUUAUUACUGGUCUUAGUUUCAUGGUUUCAUGCUUCAGUUCUCUUCUCAUUUAUUAAGGCAUAUUGUAUCAUAUAGCCAUUGUGGUUUUCUAUAAACGUAUCAUGUGAAUGAACUUCAUUUUCAGUGUAUAUGUAUGAUUAACGAGACGAAAUACUUGUGAAAUCCUAGACAUCCUUGAUGUUCAUCAGCAGUAUCUUUAAAUAAGAAUGAUAAAUUCUAUUUCAAGAUAUUAUAUGGUUUUUUUAUUUUGUGUUACGUUGAUGGUGUUUUAUUCGGUGUAUUAUGUUUGUAAAUUUUACACUGGCAUUGUUUAUUAGUCACAUUAUUGCAUAGAAAGACGUUUUUAGUGAUGGAUUACUUGUUUCAUAUUCUGUGGUUGAUGAUUGCCUUUCAUAUUAUUUCUUCUUAAUGAAGAUGUGGUCGUGAAACAGGAUGCUGUGUAGUCUUUAAGUCUAGGGAAUGAUAAUCAUUGAUCAGCGACUUCCGUGCAAUGAUAGGAAGUUUUAUUUAUUUAUUUAUUUAUUUGAACACAUAAAUAUCGGUACAAAAGGGUAUCAAAUAUAUAUGCUCCACACAAAACAAUGAGAAUUUAAAGAGAAGGAAAAAAAGGUAAGGAGUGUGAAAAAAAGAGAACAACAACGACCAGAUUAGUGUAAGGUAGUGUAAUAGUAAUAAUAAUGGGAGAAACGAAAGGGUACAAUCAGAAGAAAUCUUUCAGUUAAGGAAAAAGCAACCACUUUUUACGAAGAAAGUAAAAGAAGGUUACAGCAGGAUCACCACUGGCUUCUAUUCUGAGCCAUAUCUGAUAGCGUCUCUAGCCACUGUGUAGCACCAUCUUUCGGACCCCAGCCAGGCAGUCGUGAAGGACCAACACAAGUCAGCCCUUUACAGCUUUCCUUCAUACCACGACACCAUGUCAUGCACUGACCACCUCUCCGCUCCUUCCAACCAGUCCCAGAGUCGGCAAAUAAUGCACGACGUGGAAUUCUCUGGGACGACAUUCGUAGAACAUGUCCAAGCCACAGAAGUCGGUGUUUCAAGAUGGUGACACCAAUUGCAUUAUCGUCUCUGUGCCCGAACACACGAUGCCUAACCUCUGCAUUACUAACAUGAUGUUGCCAAAGAUGGCCCAGAUUGGCAUAAGCCGCUCUGGCUUUCACUAUACGUGCAUAGACCUCAUCACUCACGCCACCGCCAGCACUUAUGCAGCUACCCAGAUACACGAACUUCUCGACUACAUCUAUCUGCUUACCAUCCAGAGUGAGUACAGGAUUAGAAUCCUGCCAGUCUUGUAGAAGUACUUUGCACUUCGAAGGUGUAAAGCACAUACCAUACCUACGGACAUUGCCAACUGAUUAAGUGCGGAUUGCAUGCCUUGGGCAUUAUCGCACAGUAAGACAAUAUCAUCCGCAUACUCAAGGUCGAGAAGUCUUUCUCCAGGCAACAGAUCUACACCGCCACUACUUAAAUCCAUCAGAGCUGUUUCCAGAAUGUCAUCGAUGGCAAAGUUGGAAGUUUAAAAGAAGACAAAUUAUUCCAGCUGUCAUUCUUUGUAUUCAAGGUGAAUUGUAAGUAAUUAAUUAGGGUAAUUUAUGGAUAGCGCUUUUAUUUUAGGUUAAAGGUAUUGGACAAGCUACGUUCGCUCAAUGUGCUGGAUUUGUACGUGUCAAACCCACAUAUUCUACAACUACUUUAGAUGGGACUAAGUAAGUUUUUACAUCUUUCUGUCAGUUAUAUAAUAAAAUCUUGAGAUCAUUGGGUAACAGUGUGUAGACUUCAUGUCAUAUUGUGGUGUGAGCCACUUAUAUCCAUAUAAGUAGAAUAUAACGAUGGUCAGGAAUAGAAUGUAUUUCAGUAGGAGAUCGAGAUGGAAAGAACGGGAUCGGAAAGCAGUUGGUAUGAAAUUGCAUGAACAAUGAAAUGUGAGACGAUGGAGUGAUAUUUGCAAAAGAAACAGUCGAGUUUGAGACAAUUGUUUGAUAUUUUGCAAAUUAAGUAUUUACUGUAUGGUUCUUAGAUUUUACUAAGAUGUUCUGUAAUUUCGUGACCAGAAGCAAUCUAUUGCCCCCACUCGUGUUCUUGUUCACUACAGUAUGAAUGUCCUUCGAGUAAAGAUUCAUCUUUAUAUUAGGCUUGCAUACUGAUGGAUUCACCUUUACCCUGAAGAUCGAAUCUAGUCAGUUAUCAGUGAUAACCAGCGUGGAGCCUGGAACAAGUGCACGUUAGCUCAGAUUGUCGUACUACUUUGACAUGACUAGGUGAAUUUUGGAAGAUAAAUUCUAAUAUUGUGAGUAUGGUUAGAGAAGAUCGAAUGAAAAGAUAUGUUUGAAGGAAAGUGACUGGACUUGCUCCAUUUUGCCUGAUUCUGAGCCAUGUCACUCAACCUACUUUUAUCCACUGAUGGCAAUUAUGGCCCAAGCCUAAAGGAAGUAAUCUACAUCUACCAAUAUGGCUCAGAUCAGCAGUCGAUGACUUCAUGGACGAAUGCUACACAUUUUGGUUUAGCUGAUCAAAGCCUUCUUCCAACGUGCUCUUACAUCAUAAAAACUGUUACUGCUUCCACUGUUUUGCAUUCAUCUCGAUAACUUCGUAUUGUUUUAAUGAUGCGGUUUGGAAAUUUGAACUACCGAUUAACAUUUGUGCCAGGUUUUACGUUGCUUAUGGCCGAUUGGCUAAUAAACCUAUUCAAUUUCAUUGUCAUUACCUACUUUUCACUUGUACGUAAUUGAUACCCUCUUAUCUUUACAAGUUGCCUUGACAUUGUCACUAAAGAUUGUAUUUCCUAUUGAAUUUGUAAUUUCUCACGAUCGAUUGUUUAAAAACUUGAUAAAUUACGUAACUACUAUAGGCAUUUAAUAUUCGGAUGGAUUGCGAGCUGUUUGGAUCAGUCGUUAUUCAGAUCGUGCAAUCUGUGACUUACCUAACAGGAAACAUUAAAGUUAAAAUAAAGAAGAGUAGUGUGUUAUAUCGUCUUAGUGUAGGAUUCUCCAUCUUUAUGUAUCCAGAUAUCUCCACCUUGAAUCAUUUUCGAGGGUCUUCAAGUUACCUUUUGACGAAUAAUUCCGGAAUCCCAUGAACGGAAACCUCCAAAGUAAACUAUUCUCCACAAAAUUUAUGCCCGCUAGUAACUAAUUUUGAGAUUUAAUUCUCAAAAUCGUAGUGAAAAUCCGUGAACAGCAUAGUUCAACCAUGUUUAGUUCAAAUCCGUUACUCACUAAUGACAUUGGGAGAUGGUCGAUUUAGUUUAAGCACUCGCCACAGGAGAUCUAUGUAUCUUGUGUUUAAUAUCUGAUGGGGUUGUGAAUGCAUACUGCUGAGGAGUCCCAUAUGAAGACGAAAUAGUUGUGAAAUGCUUUUAUGUUUCAAAUGUUUUUCGUACUAAAUAUAAGAAAAGUGACAUUUUUGUCUUAUCCAUUACAUUGCCAUGACGGCUUGUUAUAUAUGUGUGUAUGCAUUCUAUUCCAUGUGUUUGUGCUGAAAACAAUUGGCACUUUGAUUUUCUGUUUAUUUCCUUUAUUUUUCAACACUCAUUAACAAUUCAGGGAUGUUGAAAUGAUUUCCAUUUCGAGUGGUGAUGAUGAUGGUGAUGAUUUAACUUGUGAUACUAAAAUAACCAAUAUUUCCACUGGUAGCACUAAACGUAAACAUAUAUCCAAUGAAUUUAACAAGAAACGUAAAAAACCUCGAAUUAUGGAGGUAACAGUUACUGAUCAAUCCGAUGUGAAUUGUUUUAAUCCAUUAGAUCAGACUGCUGUUCAUCCUGAUUCAUAUGAAGUUGCAGCAAGUAUUAUUUCAUUGCUCCAAUUAAAUCUGACAGAUGUAGGGUCGGUGAAAAUGAGAGCAGCUGCGACACAGUUUAUGAUCAGCGAAGAUAGAGAUAAACGACUUGAACAGUUUUGUUCCAAAACUGUUGGACUUGAUACUUUACGUGAUAUUAUCGUAGCACUAACUCGUCCUUUGGAUUUCGAUGAGCGUCAAGGUAUGAUUAUUGCCAUGUAUUUGUUUAAUAAGACUUACCUUGUUGUCACUGUUGUUCGAAGUGAAUUUUAAGUGGUUAGUCGGUUUAGAAGCGUGAUCUAUCUAUCUAUCAUAGGUGAUGUUGGGUAAUUGUAUACUGACAACGCUCUCCUGAAAAUACCCAUUAGCAUAUGACGCCCAUAUAGAUGUGAUUCUACGAAUUUGGCCAUUUAGAAAUUUAAGAUUGCUCUUAUGUUUUGCUUGUAAUAAAUACCUAUUAACCUUCCUGGUCUAGUUCACUGUCACAUUCAUCGUUAACAAAAUGAGUUUCUUUAGAUGAAUACAACCUGGUUUUGUUGGUUUCUUACAUGAACUGUGUGUCGUUUGUCACUUAUCCUUAUUUCGUACCAUUCCCUCGCCUCUAUUUUUCCUCACAUUAUUGUCAUUUUGCUUUUGUAUAAUGUAUAUUUCUUUCAGCCCUUCUGGAUUAUGUUUAAAUCCCGACUACUAAGAACUGUACAUGAGGGGAGUGAGUGUUGAGGCCUUAAUCUCAUAAACCUUUUUAUCAGUAGUCGUCGUAGUCGCGGUAGUGGAGUGCCUUUCUGCUAAAGUGUAUUUGUGAUUUAUUUAGUAAUAUUUGUCCGUUUAUUGUAACAUUUUAUGAAACACCAUGGUUUUAUUCUACUUUAGACUGUUUUACUCCAUUGUUUCAUUCGACCGUGAUGAAAAUAUCAGAUUUACGUAAAGGUAUGCAAGUGAAAGGUCGUGUAGAGAAUGUCACUACUUUUGGUGCCUUUUGUGAUAUUGGUGUUGAAGAAAACGCAUAUAUUCCAAGACAUGCAUAUCCUCGAAAUUGUCCAACUUCCAACCUAAAAAUUACCAAUGAUACUUCUGUUGGAAUUGGCGUCAGUGACGGCGGUGAUAUUCAUCACAAAAUGUUCACUUUACGUUUGGGUGAUCGAAUCAAAGCUAUUGUUUCGAGUGUUGAUAUUAAGUAUAAACGAGUUGCAUUGGAUAAAGUUUCUGUAAUGACGUAAACAUGAUUGUUGUUUUAAACACUGAGAGAGGCGAUUCAAGCAAACGAUUUUUGUAUAGCAUUUCCACAUUUAUUUUUUUAAUUAACAAUUUAUUUACAUAAGGUUUUGUUAUUGAAUGGUUUCUUCCCGUUGUGUAAUUUACUUUUCUACAUAUUUUGUUUACAGUUUAUACGAUUUAUAAACAACCGACUCCAACUUUACCUUUUUCUUACAAUCGAGUUAUCACUGAGUAGUAAGCAAUGUUAUGUUUGUUUAGUCCUGUAGUUAGCUUUGAUUAGAUUCUGUCGCUCAAUUUGCAACGUGGCCUCCAGUCUACAUGUGAUUCACUAUCGUGUGCACUAUGUUGAGAUGCCAGAUGGUGGUUGCUAGCAGUCGACAGAAAACUUGAUCUAGGUUUCGUCCUAUGCGGCAUCCACCACCAAGAUGUACCUGUCAUCUUGAGGUAACUGAUGCUCUGUAGUGAGAAUCAUCCCGUCCCACUCAGCUUCCGAAUCAUAGACGUUAUAAGUCAGAUUUUCGGGUUGCGAUCGACUUCCUAUAGGACUGAGAUAUACUUAUAAUUGAUUGUUCACUUAUUAGUGACCAACGUCACAGUUUUCUAGUUUUAUAUAUAUCGCUGACCGAAUUUUAUUGGUGUAGUUGCAGGUACACUCUGCUGACGAGUUCCAAGUACUGUGAAACUCAGAUUCAUGAUUUCUUGUCAACCACCUCCAACCAUCUAACAUAGUUUUACCCUAUUUGUUAUGUCGUUCUUAGUACUUGAAGUUAGGUAUGUGGUAGUGGUGGUGAUAGUUGGUUAAUUCGAUUGAUGUAGACUAUAACAUGAUGGGUAAUUAAAAGCAAACUAUAGAAUAGUAAUUAGUUAUCGAUUGUGAAUUGUUCUUUGUGGUUGUCAGAUUUCGUUCAGUAAAUUCUACAAUAUCUUAAUUUAACUGAGUGAAUCAAGAUUGAAAACUGUUAUAUCUAGUAGUCAAAUUUGUUUUAAGAAAUAUCUGUUUAAUCAUUGGUAUGGUUAUGUUGGUGUUGAUUUUCUGUCUCAUCGAAACCUCUUGGAUAUAUGUAGAAACAUAUUUUCAAAUGCAGUGCUUAUCUGGAAGUUCUCAAAUAUUUAUUGGAAAUCUGCAGUAUGUUCUAAUGACAGGAGUAAAUCAAAAGAGAUGGCCGAAUUAUAUGAUGUCGAUUGAAAGAAACUGAAUUAAAGAGUAAAUGAAUACAGCGUUGAAGCUCUUUUUCUAGGUGUAAAUGAGUCACAGUAGUAAAUUUUGUUAUUGUGUUAGCAUGACUUUUAUGAAAGCCACAUAUUGGAACGACGAUCAUCAGUGUAGAUGCCAUAAACGAUGUUUUAAUAUCAAAGCGAAUAUCGUAGGCAAUUUAUCGUAACUAUUUUUAUUCGUUUAGCAAGUCUUUAUCUUCCUGUUAUACCCUAUGAAUGAAUAGAGUUGAUCGUUAUAAAAAC